AGUUCAAAACUAGAUGGUAUGAUUUCCAGGUGAGAGGAGAAGAUUCAAAAGGGGCCUGAGGGGGAGGUUUUUCACACAGAGAGUGGUUCGUAUGUGGAAUGAACUGCCAGAGGAAGUGCUCGAUGCAGAUGCUGCCUGAUCAGCUGAGCUUUUCCUGUUUUUAUAUUAAGACUGAACUUAAUCGCUGCAGAAACCUCAAGUGAGGAAAUGCAUGAAGAAAAAUAACAGGAAUGAUUGGUUCAGGUAAACUUUAUGUUACAAAUUAUGGUGACCAGGAUUUUUGUAACCUACAUAUUUCUCAUUUUACUGAGCUGGAUGUCUGUCCAGUCACUGAACAGAUGUCAGCUAACUAAUAUCACAAUCUCUGUAGAGAAGGAAGAAUGUGGAUAUUGUGGCAUGGUCAAUGCAACUUGGUGUGCUGGUUACUGCUUCACUAAGGAUCCAGUCAGCAAGAAUUCUUUGGCCACCAUCUAUCAAGAUAUUUGCAGCUACAAAGAAAUUGUCUAUGAAACCAUAACCAUUCCAAACUGCCCUGCCAAUGUUGAUCCUUACUACACCUAUGCCAUCGCUACAGGCUGUCAAUGUGGAAUGUGUAACACUGAAACCACUGAUUGUACAGUUUCAGCUCUGGAACCUACACACUGUUCCCUGACACCAUAAAGGGCAAAUGACAUUAAUAAAGUAUAGAUAACUUCCUUUCGUGGGUUCGCAGAAAAGGCAUCUAAUGCACACUCAUGCUAUUCUAAACUGAUUUGGGAACCAUAUUAAUCAGUGUAGAGUAGCUUAAUAUUGAGUAGUUCUGGAAAUGUUUCUUUUAAUUUGUGUGCCUGCUACUUGUAAGACAUUUGUAAGUUAUGUGUUGCCUUAUUUUAGUACAUUUUUAUGAAUUAUAAUGAAAGGAAUGAACCACUGAGAAAAGUUUUAAAGCAACAUGUUUAUGGCUGUAAGCAACAUUUCUAUGUGUUGAAAUACGUGUUGGUUUUGUAUGAUCUAUAAUGUAAUUUAUA